UUCCUACCGGAAGAUAAUAGUACACGGACAGACCAGUUACUGGAGUCAGCAAGUGACUUAUUUUGAAGAGUUUCUUGCGGACAUUUACCACAAAAAUGAAGAGUUUUAAAAUGUUUCGCGGCUAUGCGUGUUUCUUUAUUAUAUUCACUUUUCGACUGGCGUGUAGCGACAUUACGGACGGAAACGCGGAACAUUUAAAAAGAGAGCACUCGUUAAUGAAACCAUACCAAGGAGUGGGUACCAGCCCGUCCAGCCAGUGGGAUUUCUCUGGAAGCACCUUGGUGACCAGCUCGUACGUGAGACUCACCCCGGAUGAGAGGAGCAAGCAGGGAUCCAUAUGGAAUACCGUGCCUUGUUACCUCAAAGACUGGGAGAUGCACGUCCACUUCAAAGUCCACGGACUCGGCAAGAAGAAUCUCCACGGCGACGGCAUCGCUCUCUGGUACACGAAAGACAAAGUACAUGCUGGCACCGUGUUUGGAAGCCAGGAUCGCUUUCUGGGCCUGGCUGUUUUUUUGGACACCUUCCGCAACGACCUGCACGGCAUGGACCGUUCCUUCCCGUACGUGUCGGCCAUGGUGAACAACGGCUCGCUGAGCUACGACCACGGCAAAGACGGACGCUCGUCGGAGCUGGGCGGCUGCUCGGCCGAGAUCCGCAACAGAGACACCGACACCUACCUCGCCAUACGCUACUCUAAAGGACGACUGACCGUGAUGCUGGAUGUGGACGACAAGAACGAGUGGAAGGAGUGUAUCGACAUCGGAGGCGUUCGUCUGCCGACGGGGUAUUAUUUCGGCGCAUCGGCGGCCACGGGUGAUCUCUCAGACAACCACGACAUCAUCUCCAUGAAGCUCUACCAGCUGAUGGUGGAACACACGCCCGAGGAGGAGAGCCUGGACUGGACCAAGAUCGAGCCCAGCGUCGGCCUCCUCAAGUCGCCCAAAGACAACAUCGACGAUCCGACGGGAAACUUCCGUGGAACACCUCUCACGGGAUGGAAGGUCUUCCUGUUGCUGCUGUGCGCCCUGCUGGGCAUCGUGGUGUGCGGGGUGGUGGGGGCGGUGGUGUUCCAGAAGAGGCAGGAACGGAACAAGCGCUUCUAUUGAAGACAGGAAGUGCCUGAAGGUGACGAUGAUGAUGAUGAUGAUGAUGAACUGGAAGCACAUUUAAUGUGAAUUUUUUUUUUUUUUUUUUUGGGUUUUGGGGAAGAUUUUACAAUUGUUUGCAUCCUGGUUGCUAUGGCAACAGCA